AUGAGCUGCAGCACCAAACAGGCAUCCACCAUGUACACGAGAGGCAGAAGCAGCAGUGGGAGCUGCGGUGGAAUCCGGGUUUCUUCGGGAGUCUCUGGGAGGUGUGCUGCCCCUGCCGUAGGUAGCGUUAGAUGUGAUAUGUCUGGGAGGAGCUUCUGCAGCGGAGUGAGUUUCGGAGGGGGCCUGAGUGGAGGCAGUUGCAUCGAUGGUGGCUUUGGUGGCGGGUACGUGUGUGCUCCUGGUGGCGGCGGCGCCCGCUUGGGUGGCUUUGGCAUUUGCAAUGAUGUGCCCUUGAUCUCCUGCGAUGAGAAGAUGACCAUGCAGAACCUCAACGACCGCUUGGCCUCUUACUUGGACAAAGUGCGGUGCCUGGAGGAGGAGAACGCUCAGCUCGACUGCAAAAUUAGGGAGUGGUAUGACCGCCAAGGUGCCCUCUGUGACCCCAAGGACUACAGCUGUUACUACCAACAAAUUGAAGACCUUAAAAACCAGGUAGGACUAUGCUUCCUCUGCAGCUUAGAACCAGAUGUAGCAUCAAGCUAAGCGAGAUAGAGAGAUGGCUCCUUGCUCUGACAACAGAGCACUCAUUCGUUAUUAUUUACGGCAACAGAUCUUUCCGAUUUGGCUUACGAAGAAUGUCAAAAAAUAAAAUAAAAUUCAUUCUCCGAGGAUUCUUGUCAAAUCCCUUGAUGUUCGGAACUUUAUGCUGUUGGAUGAAUGAUGGAGUUUCUGGUUGCGCUUUAAAAACCAUGCUUUAGAUAGCACCCCAGAAUGAUUAGAGGCCGUAUCAUUAGAUUAUUGUAUUCCUUUGUGGGGAGAACAUCUUAGAUUUUUUUGAAAACGCUAUUGUCUAAAACAAUUAAAAGAAAGGAGAAGAAAAGAAAUGGCAGCAGCUUAUUUGCUGUAAAUAUGGCUAUAUUUACAAAUGUAUAGAUCACAAACACAUCAAUAAAACAAAUCAAGAGUGGUAUCAUGGCCCUCAGUGGUGCUUCUGCUGCUGUAGUGGUAAAACUGAUAGGAAAAAAGGAUGUGAGGAUGGAAUGAGACUUAAGGAUAUCUUGACACAGAGAUGUGGGGUAAUAGGUUGUCCAGAUUUAGCCAGACAUUGACCCCAUCUGUGUGAUACAUUCAAAGCAGCAUCAUAGCACUUCACACAGUCAUGAUUCCCCCCCAAAGAAUCUUGGGAACUGUAGUUUGUUAAGGGAGCUCAGAGCUGUUAGGAGACCUCUAUUCCACUUACAGAGUUAUAGUUUACAGAAUGGUUUAAAAGUCAAUACUCCUUCCCAGAGAACUCAGGGAAUUGUAGCUGUGUGAGGGAAAUAAGGGUCUCCUUACAAAUCUCUGCACCCUUAACAAGCUACAUUUCCCAAGAUUGUUUGGGGGAAGUGUGAUAACGCUUUAAAUGUAAUAGUGCAGAUGGAGCUGUUCAUCGAUGCAGAGAAUUACAGGAUGGAAGAAGCCCAAAUUCAGUUGGUCCAAUACAAUCCUUCUGGUUUCGGGAUGACCCUGUAAAUGAAUCAUAGGCUUUGAGACAGUAUAAUGAAAAAUCAAAAACUGCAGCUUGAUGCAUGAUGCUGUGGGCAUCAAGAAGAAACAGAUGGACAAGCUCAAACUGUUUUAUCCCCCAACCCACAGAUUAUCUGUGCCACUGUGGACAACAGCAAGCUUGUUCUGGAUAUUGAUAAUAACCGGAUGACUGCAGAUGACUUCAGACUGAAGUGAGUCCUUCUUGAGUUGUAUGAGGGGCUCUGGGUGUGUGGGGUGAACCCUUAAUUUUGUUCCCCUUAAAUCCUAAAUAUGUGGUCUCCAAAGGGCCCAUAAUGAGUCAGCAGUGAUGAGCUGUAUACAGAAGGGUGAGAGCUUCCUUUGUAUAUAAAGAAAGCCCUGGCAGAAAUAUAUAACACACACACUUUCUCUCUUUAUUGGCCCCUGUAGGGACCAACAAUUUAUCCUUUCCCCUCUUUUUUUGGUUCUGUAGGUAUGAGACUGAGCUGGCCCUCUGCCAAAAUGUGGAAGCUGACAUCAAUGGUUUACGCCAAGUCCUGGAUCAACUGACCCUUUGCAGGUCUGACUUGGAGGCUCAACUGGAAGCCCUCAGAGAAGAGCUGUGUUGCCUCAAGAAAAACCACGAAGAGGUGAACCUUGAUCCCCACCAGCCCCUUACAAAGAGAUGGAAGGCCUACAAAGGAAGGGUAUCCCCCUCCCACAGUCAGCUCCUGACACUGGGAAGCACAUUGAACAACCCACAACAAAAAAGCCACAUUCCAAUUAACUGGAAUUUCCUUUUCAGGAAAUCAAGGGUCUGAGGAACCAAGCAACUGGGGACGUGAGUGUGGAAGUCAACUCCUGCCCAGGCCCAGACCUGAAGAAGGUCUUGGAAGAAAUGAGAUGCCAGUAUGAAACUAUGAUUGAGAACAACCGCAGAGAAGUUGAACAGUGGUAUGAAUGUAAGGUAGGUUAAUAUACUGUACGCAGCCAGGUAUUGAAAGAAAAGAAGCUUGAAAUCAUCCAUGCAUAUUUGGUAGGGGUUAGUAGCAGGCAGCUCUGAGCCAGAUCUCGCCCUUUAGGGGGAGCUGGUUUUGAACCUCUCUCCCUUCUAUGUUAUGUGAAAUUACUCCAAAGAUAAGGGGCUGGUGGUAGGAGAAUAAGCAAGGAAAGACACGCCUUCUCUCCUCCUGAGAUUCUCCUCAGCCCCUGGUUUGUCCCAACACCCUCCCCCUCAGAAGGCUCAUCCAGCAAAAUUAAGUCUAUUGGCGAGAGAAAGUAGUUUACCUUGUAUAGUAAGUCCCAUGAUUGAUUCAUGGAGGUUAAGACUGCCAAUAGCUACCAAUAGCUACUAACCACAAUGACUGCUCUCCCUUCGCUGUUGCCAAAUACCAGUUGCGUGGAAUUGCAGGUGGGGAGACAUUGUUGCGUUCUAGUUUUGCUUGUGGGCUUCCCAUAGGCAACUGGUUGGCCAGAAAGGGAUGCUGAAUUUGAUGGGUAAUAAUAAUAAUAAUAAUUAUAAUAAUAAUAAUUUAUUUAUACCCCGCCCAUCUGGCUGGGUUUCCACAGCCACUCUGGGCGGCUUCCAACAGAAUAUUAAAAUACAAUAGUCUAAUAAACAUUAAAAGCUUUCCUAAACAGGGCUGCCUUCAGAUGUCUUCUAAAAGUCUGGUAGUUGUUUUUCUCUUUGACAUCUGGUGGGAGGGCGUUCCACAGGGCGGGUGCCACUACUGAGAAGGCCCUCUGCCUGGUUCCCUGUAACUUGGCUUCUCGCAGCGAGGGAACCGCCAGAAGGCCCUCGUCACUAGACCUCAGUGUCUGGGCAUUUGGCCUGAUUCAGCAGGGCUUACUUAAGUUCUUAUUUAUUUGCAGGGUUGUUGUUGUUUUGCAGGGUGAACUCAGAGUUCUUUGUGAAACUGCUAUGGGUCUGGCAAGGCUUUGCUUCAAGCCAACAGCUCUUCUGCUGAGCUAUGGUCCCUCAUUUGGGUUUUGGUACCCAAGUAGGAAGCACUAGUGAAGGCCCAUCUACAACACAGUAUCUACCGUGUUUAGGAAGGAUGAAUUCAAGGUGGAAGUGGUGAACUGAAGAACAAAUAUAGCGAUCUUGCCUUUGGGCAAGAUUAAAAGAUCUUGGCUUCAUCAGGUUAGGAAAGAAGAAUGCUGAGAAAAGGCUGUACAAAUAGAGGUAGCUCAGUUUAAAGAGAAGUAUUUGGUUUAGUGAAUAUCAUGAACCAAUGGCCACAAGUGAUCCUUCAAGGAAGGGCAACUGAAAAGCAGAAGAAGGCAGUUAACUCACCCAGAGUGGCGGGGACAACCCAGCCAGAUGGAUGGGGUACAAUUAAUAAUAAUAAUAAUAAUAAUAAUAAUAAUAAUAAUUUGCAGACAAACUUUGGAAUCAACCUCAUGAAAGAGUUUUUUUUAUCUUCAUGGCAUAUCUUUAACCUAUACCCAAAUUUACUAUAUCCAACCAAUUGGUCCUUGAUUAAUCUUUUUAGUGGAUCUUUUGACAUCCCCACCAUCCUUACCUUCAUCGUUUGCGGUUGUCAUUCUUAUAGCCUUUUGCUUGGCUGAAACUCAUCAUGAAAUCAACUCAACAAUUCCCUCAAUAAGCCCUAAACCCCACCACCCCAAUUCUGUGUUUGCUGCCUUUUCAGAUGGAGGAAGUGAAUCAGGAAGUCUGUAACAGCAGCAAAGAGGUUGAAGACUGCAACAACCAAGUUGUUGACCUGAAGCGCCAGCUGCAGACCUUGGAAAUUGAUCUGCAGGCUCAGCUUAGCCUGGUAAGUUUUUAUGCUGGCAAUCCUCCACCUUGGAUCCAAUAAAUGUUACCUUUGUAUCUGCUUCCCAAAACUGUCUGAAUUAGUCUCGCUAACAAUGCCACCUGUGCAAUAGGUAUAUAUUACUGUCCUAAAGUAAUACUAUCAGUAGCUGCUCAACAGCUAUGGGAAUCUGGAAUGUUGUAGAUUUGAGGCAGACACAUACACCAGCUUAGUGUAAACAGGGGGCUCCAUAUACUUUCAGCUGUCUAGACAAUUCCACAUUCAGGCCCCUCUUGCAUGGGGACAACUGUAACCAGCAGGUGACUUCUGACAGCAUUAAGAGGGAAAGUGGGGACCUGUAGGAAGAAAAGAGGCUGAGCCAAAAACAAUCCACAGUGAGGCAGGAGUUGUGGCGAAAGCAGGAAGGAAAAGGAAAAGGAGACAUAAUCUGUGGAAUUGCCUGUAAUUAUUGCUAAAGUACCACAAACUAUUUUAGAGAGUGUUCCCUCACACACAAAAAUGCGCAUGCAUUAUGAGCAACUGGCAAAGUUUAAUCCCCAGUAAAUGAUAUUCUCCAUCCACUCAACAAGUUCUCUUCUUUCCACAAUAGCUCGUAGGAUAUUUUGGGCUCUCUCUCUCUCUCUCCCUCCCUCCUCUCUCCUCCCCCCUUAAACUUAUUUGUGCUAAAAGUUUUGCCAAUGUGUUUUUUAAUUCUUCAGAGGGACACGCUGCAAGGAUCCCUGGCCGAGACCGAGUGUCGAUAUAACAGCCACUUGUGCGAAAUACAGAACCAGAUCUCUUGCGUGGAGCAGCAGCUGGCAGAGUUGAGGGCAGAGAUGGAAUGCCAGAACCGAGAAUACAGGGACCUCCUGGAUGUCAAAUGCCGCCUGGAACAGGAGAUCCAGACCUACCGCUGCCUGCUAGAGGGAGGCCAGAAUGACAUUGUGUAGGUAUACCGUCAAGUUCUCGGGUUUCCCCUGUGCUUCCCCUACCGUUCAUGAGUGACUAGGGAGAAACCCCAUGGAACAGAUGUGCUUAGAACCUAAAUGAAUACUGGCAAAUUUUUAAUUCUUAAGAAAAGCCCUUCUGGAUGAAACCAAAGGCUGUUCAGACCAGCAUCCUGUUCUCACAGUGGCCAACCAGAUGUUUACUGGAAAGCUCACAAGCAGGACCGGAGUGCAAAAGCACACUCCUCACUAUUGAUUUCCAGAAAUUGUGGCCAGAGCAGUGUGUGGCUUAACCACCUCCAGUGGGGCUGAUGUAUUGAUGACCCUACUUUGCAUGAGAGGCCUCUUGAUCCCUAGUUUUCAUAUAUAUAUUUAUUAUAUUUAUAUCCUGCCUUCCCACAGGAAGCACAAGCUGGUGUCCAUAGUUCUCCCUUUUCCCAUUCUGUCCUCACAACAACCCUGUGAGGUAGGUUAGGCUAAGAGAAGGUGACUGGCCCAAGGUCAUCUAGCAAACCUCAGCAGGGAUUUGAACUCGGGUCUCCCAAGUCCUGAUCUGGAGUGUGCAUCCAAUCCAAAUCAGGGUCCAGCACCAGUAUCCUGCCAGCCCUGUCCCCGAUUGCUGUUUCCCUCCUUCCCCACUGCCAAAUAUGCUGUUUAUAUUGGUAUAGACAACAGAAAAAAAGCGUCUGCUUAGAAGAAGUAGUUCAGCCUCGGAUGACUAUGUCCUCUAAGCCAUUACUUACAAAAACAAAACAAAACAAAAAAACAUUUUGGCUUAGGGAAGCACAAAACAAGGGACCCCUGACCAUUAGGUCCAGUCAUGACCGACUCUGGGGUUGUGGCGCUCAUCUCGCUUUAUUGGCCGAGGGAGCCGGCGUUUGUCCGCAGACAGCUUCCGGGUCAUGUGGCCAGCAUGACUAAGCCGCUUCUGGCAAACCAGAGCAGUGCACGGAAACGCCAUUUACCUUCCCGCCGGAGCGGUACCUAUUUAUCUACUUGAAGUCGAACGGACGUCAGGAACGGGUUCUGUUCGACCUCCAAGGUACGACUGUAGUUGUCUCCUCGAAACAUCCCCUCAUCCCCUCACUCCAGCCCUGGGUGCAUGGCAUAAAAUUGCAAGCAUCAUUAGCUUCCAGUGCUGUUCACCUACUUUUGAUCUCAUCCAACGACCCUCUUCCCCUCUAUGCACCAGGGGUUCGAGCAGUGGCGGUUCAGGAGGCGGAGCCUGCAGGCAGUCAGGAGGAGGUGUGACUAGAAGUUCCCACACGUACAUGGCCUCCUCUUCCCAGUGCCAGCCUUGCCAGCCUGAUGUCAAAGGUAAGUGGGGAACGAUGGCGUCUCCUACAUUCACCAAGUAUUGAAACUUUACAGGUAUUCAAGAAGGAACAGACUCUUUCAUAUGUGGUGGUCCUGUAAAAGGGUAAAGGAGUAUUGGGAAAUAAAUUAUAAUGAAUUGAAAAAAAUGUUUAAAAGCACUUUUCCACAAAAAACCCCCCAGAGUCCUUUUCUUGGGGAUAAUUCAGAUGGAAAUUCCCAGGUGUCAAAAAAGGUUAUUUAUGUAUGGCACUACUGCGGCUUGUGUUUUGUUAGCCCCAAAAUGGAAAAUGAGUGAGGUCCCAACUAAAGAAGAAUGGCAACUUAAGCUGACAGAAUAUGCUCAGCUUGCAGACUUAACAUAUAGAAUAAGAGAACAAGAAGAACAUAGGUUUAGAGAAGAUUGGAAAAUGUUUAUUCAAUAUAUGGGAGUGGGGAUUGUGUACACCUGAAAACAUUGGCAGCAUUAAGACAAGUUCAGUAGUGUAAAUAACUUUUGAUGGAAGUAAUAAUGGAAUAUUGAAUAGUUUAGUUUAUAUAAAAUAUGCAGGGAUUUAUGCUAUGCAAAACGAACCAUGGAAAGAGAAGAAGGGAAGUCAUUGAUAUUUUAAGGUUGUUUAAAUGAGUAUUCUAAAUUGUAAAACAGAAAAUUUAAUCAAAAUUAUAUAUAUAAACUUUACAGGUGUUAAUCUGUAACUUCUAGUCUAAUUUAAACGCCAUAUGAAAACCAUAUGAAUCCCCUAGCAAAUGUCCUCUGGAGCCUUGGGAGAACUCCCUUUUUCUGCCAGGCUAUCAUCACCAUCUUCAGUGAGGCUGUAUGCAUUAGCUUGAAAUAUUCUUUCUUUGGUCAUAGCUGAAGAUUUUCCUCUUUUUUCCACUCUCCAGGGUAUAGCAGAUAA